AGGGCAGUUUAAGAUUUUUUUUUUCUCUUAAAUAAAUAAUACACAAUAACAGGGGGCCCCGGGGAGUCGGAACUCAGAACGGAGGGGGGAGUGGCUUCGAAAACAGAGGGAAGAGAGAAGAAAAAGCUACAGGGGAAGAAGAGAGCUCCCACCGGCGAAGGAGAGAGAUCGCGAAGAGACAAAAGACGAAGAAGAGGCCACGCCGGUCUAGAGAACAGAGAGGAAAAGAGAGGCUCGGCGGUGAUAGUGUUGCUGCUGUCAGUGAAGACGUAGCAGCUCGGCAACAAGAUGGCGACGCCGGAAAGAUCACCGGAAGGGAUUCAUCCUCGGAGAUGGAAGAGAGGACCGGCGGCGUAGCAGAGCUGCAUAAGCUCUUGAACACAAAGAAACAACUAAGAAUCAAGGCCCCCUAAGGACAAAGCCAUCGAUUCAUGUAUUAUUCAGGGCUUGUUAGGAACUUUGUUUUAACGCUGAGUAAAUGCCACGUGUCCUCCUCCUCCGGCCUCGGUUGUGGCUCUGCCAUGUCAGUAACCCCGCUCCCAUCACGGUUCAACCAGAGCAUGUUCAACAAUGUCGUUGCCUCCAACAAGCUCAUCGCCAAUUUCCUUCGAUUGGGUGACAUGGAUUCUGCUCUCCAAGUGUUUAAUAAUAUGACAGUGAAGAGCACCGUUACUUGGAACUCGAUCCUUGCUGGCUAUGCCAAGAAUCUUGGGAAUUUUGAAGUUGUACGCCAAGUGUUUGAUAAAAUUCCUGAACCGAAUAGUGUGUCUUAUAAUAUCAUGCUGGCGUGUUAUUUGAACAAUUUUGGCAUCCACAGAGCCCGUGCUUACUUUGAUGUAAUGCCUGUGAAGGAUACGGCAUCUUGGAACACAAUGAUCUCAGGUUAUGCUCAGAUUGGAUUGAUGGGCGAGGCGCGCAUGAUGUUCUUGGCAAUGCCAGAGAAAAAUACGGUCUCAUGGAGUGCGAUGGUGUCGGGGUAUGUGGCUUGUGGAGACUUGGAUUCUGCAGUGGAGUGCUUUUAUGCUGCAACUGUGAAGAGUGUGAUUACCUGGACUGCCAUGAUCACUGGGUACAUGAAAUUUGGCAGGGUUGAGUCUGCUGAGAAAUUGUUCCAAGAAAUGUCUCAGAAGACUUUGGUGACAUGGAAUGCUAUGAUAGCUGGAUAUGUUGAUAAUAGCAGGGCAGAAGAUGGGUUGAAGCUUUUCAAGACAAUGUUAGAGACUGGGGCCAAGCCUAAUGCUGUGAGCUUGACCAGUGUGUUGUUGGGUUGUAGUAACCUAUCAGCAUUGCAACUUGGUAGACAAGUUCAUCAGUUAGUUUGUAAAUCUCCAUUGAGUAGUGACACCACAGCUGGAACUUCAUUGGUUAGCAUGUAUUCCAAAUGCGGGGAGCUGAAGGACGCGUCGAAAUUGUUUGUGCAGAUCCAACGGAAAGACCUUGUAUCAUGGAACGCAAUGAUUUCUGGUUAUGCACAACAUGGAGCUGGUGAAAAAGCUCUGGAGUUAUUUGAUGCAAUGAAAAAUGAUGGCAUGAAGCCAGAUUGGAUUACUUUUGUAGCAGUAUUUUUAGCUUGUAACCAUGCAGGAUUUGUAGAUCUUGGGGUCCAAUAUUUUGAUGCUAUGAUAAGGGAUUAUGGAAUUGAAGCUAGGCCAGAACACUAUGCUUGCAUGGUUGACCUUCUCGGUCGACGUGGAAGGUUAUCUGAGGCAACAGACUUGAUAAAAAGUAUGCCGUUUAAGCCACAUCCUGCCAUCUUUGGAACGCUUUUGGGAGCCUGUAGGAUCCAUAAGAACCUAGAUCUGGCUGAGUUUGCUGCCAAGAAUCUGCUUGCACUUGAUCCUAGUAGUGCAACUGGAUAUGUUCAAUUGGCCAAUAUUUAUGCAGCACAAAAUAGAUGGGAGCAUGUUGCUAGGAUUCGGAGAUCGAUGAAAGACAAUAAUGUAGUGAAGGCACCUGGAUAUAGUUGGAUUGAGAUAAAGAGUGUGGUGCAUGAGUUUCGGUCAAGCGACCGAUUGCACCCAGAAUUGGUUUCUAUACAUAAAAAACUAAAUGAAUUGGAGAAAAAAAUGAAGAUGGCUGGCUAUAUUCCGGAUCUUGAGUUUGCAUUGCAUGAUGUGGAAGAGGAGCUGAAAGAACAGCUUCUUCUAUGGCACAGUGAGAAAUUGGCAAUUGCAUUUGGACUUCUAAAGGUACCAUUAGGUGUUCCAAUCAGGGUAUUCAAGAACUUGAGAGUUUGUGGAGAUUGCCACACUGCAAUAAAGUACAUAUCAGCUAUAGAAGGAAGAGAAAUCAUUGUUAGGGAUACCACUAGGUUUCAUCAUUUCAAGGACGGGUCUUGCUCCUGCAGUGAUUACUGGUAAUCUUGCCAUUAUGCAACCAAAACAAUGCAAUUGAAUUCAGUCAAAGGACAUGUCUAUUUAAACCAGUUAGUUCAAUGAACUUCAUUAUACAUGCCAAGAACAAAAAGUUUCACCUUAAUGAAUUUUUUGUUUUCACGCCAAACUGCCUUUGUUCUCCUUCAUUCUCACGCCACUUCUUCCUUGUUCUCUUUCGUUUUCACCCCAUUUCAUCUUCUUCCUCACCUUCGUCUACUCUCAUCGUUGCCGCUCACCAUGGUCUUGUGCGCUCACCAGAUAUGUAUGGCUAUGAUGGUGAUGAUGAACUACAAUGGCUAAUCGAGUCAGAGAAGGUGAUUGACUUCUCGUGUGGUCACUUGUCUGCUUGCUAGUCUUCUUGGUGGUUACCAGGAUAUCCUCCAUUCUUGCUAGUCUUCUGAUUUUUAGAAUCCAAGAUGGUGCUGUCCAAAUUUAAAGUGGAAAAAUAUGACGGGUCAAAGGAUUUUAGCUUAUGAAAACUGAAGGUACAACCAUUGUUGGUUCUACAAGGUUCAGAAACAGCAUUAGAGGGUAAAGAAAAACUAUCAUCUGCAUUAUCUCCUGAAAAGAAAGAGGAGCUAAUGGUCAAAGCAUGGAAUACUAUAAGGUCAUGCUUAGCAAAUAAUGUUCUGUGAGAGGUUACGGAAAUGAAGACCCUUGAUUCACUAAGGAAGGCUUUGGAAGAAAAAUAUUCCGCAAAUACUUUGUCCACAAAUUGCAUCAAUAGGAACGAAUGUGCAAGUUCAAAUACCUGGAAGAAAAGUCAAUGCAAAAUCACAUAGAAGAAUUUGAUCGAAUGAUAUCCGAUGUUAGACUACAAGUUGGGAUCUAUGAUGAUUUUCGUGAUACCAUACUCUAUGGUACGUCUGACAUCUCAAUUAAAGAUGUUAAAGAGGAAUUGAUGAUAAAAGAGCAACAUAAAUUAGAAUUUGAAUCCAACAAUGGUAAGUGUACAAACAGGUUGUAUGUGAUGAGAGGUUGCAGUCAAAAAAGAAGAUCGGAAAGCAAGAGUAAGACAAGAUCAAGUCCCGAAAGCUUCAAUUGGUGACAUGUUACCAUUGUCACCUAACGGGCUAUAUUAGAAGAAAUUGCCCAACGAGAGAAGGAAAGUUAGAAAAUUCUAACAACAUAAUCAUUGAAGGUUUUCAUGAUACGGAUAUUGGUUUUGCCUUAUCUAUGUUCCCGAAUGAUCAUGUAAAUGAGUAGACUAUGGUAACUUUUUUCAUACGUUAUUUAUUUAUUUUUGGGAAGAAUAAUGGGCAUUUUCUGUCAUUUGAGUUUUGACUCCUCUCUCAAUUUCAGUCCUCUGUUUUUGGGGUUUGAGUGAUGCUACAUGUACAAGUGCUUUUGUAAUUAAGUGUAAACAAGUUGGUGCAAACCCACUGAAAAAAAUUGCGGUCAUAUGUUAGACAUA